AUGGGGCUGAGUGAUAAUGUGUAGUUUUUUUUCUAUACAGAGUCGUUUUUAUGCUACCUACCAUCUGUUACUCUUUGUACUUUGCAGUCUAACACACCCAGUUCCUCAAUUUCAUUCUCUACUUCCAUAUUGUGAAUUCUACUCAGUUCACAGGAUUGUUUAUGUGUGUAAGAAGAAUUUCCCAACAUUGUUCCCUGUCAUUAUUACUAACGUAUUGUCGUCUACAUAUCUCCACCAACAUUUUAUUGAUGACCUGAAUGGUUUAGGUGCAUUCUUUUCGCGAAAAUCCAUGAAUAUGUCAGCUAUUAUUGGUGAGAUGGGCAAUCCCAUGGCUACUCCUCCUUCAUUUUGUUGGUAUAUUCUUCCUUCAAAUUUAAAAUAUGUUCUUGUGAGACGGAAUUCAACCUCUUUUAUGAUCUCUUCUACGGAUAAUCGUGUCCUGUCUUUCAGGUCAUUAUCCUCGUCUAGUCUCGUUUUCAGUGCAUCCAUAACCAUCUGAAUGGGUAUUUUCAGUAUAGACUGUUUACAUCAAAGGCGACUGGUAUUUCCUCUUCGUAUAUUCUAAUGCCUUUUAGUCCUUACACUUACUCAAAUGUCUGCCUGUCUGUCUGUUUUUGACAUAGAACUUUCCAGAUAUGUUCGGCAGUUCAAGUCGCCACACUCCCUCUUUGUAACACACAAAGCAAGAGAAGAAAGUACAAGAA